UUCUUCCCCCAGUGUGCUCACGGGAGCUUAGAAGACCCCAAAAGUGUGGCCCACCACAAAUUACUACACGCUGCCUCAGAGAGGGUGCUGAGCGACGCCAGGACGAUCUUGGAAGAGAACAUCCAAGACCAAGAUGUCCUGCUGCUGAUACAGAAGCGGGCCCCGAGUCCGCUGCCCAGGAUGGCCGACGUGUCCGCCGAGGAGAAGAAAAAACAAGAGGAGAAAGCCCCAGACAGAGACGCUAUUUUCCAGGCCACCGCUGCCCUGCCCUCCUACAACAUGGACCGGGCCGAGGUCCAGACCAACGUCCGAGACUUCCAGACAGAGCUGCGGAAGAUCCUGGUGUCUCUCAUCGAGGUGGCACAGAAGCUGUUGGCGCUGAACCCGGAUGCCGUUGAGCUGUUUAAGAAGGCGAACGCGAUGCUGGACGAGGAGGAGGACGGGAGGGUAGACGAGGCAGCCCUGCGGCAGCUCACGGAGAUGGGCUUCCCGGAGAGCAGGGCCACCAAGGCGCUGCGGCUGAACCGCAUGUCGGUGCCUCAGGCCAUGGAGUGGCUGAUCGAGCACGCGGAAGACCCGACCAUCGACUCGCCCCUCCCGGGCCAGGCCUCUCCCGGAGGGGCCGAGGCGGCCCCUGACGCUGCCUCUGAGGCGGCCGGCCCGAGCACGCAGGACGAGGAGCCCCCGGAUGAGCUGACGGAGAUCUUCAAGAAGAUCCGGCGGCGAAGGGAGUUCCGGGCAGACGCUCGGGCCGUCAUGUCCCUGAUGGAGAUGGGAUUCGACGAGAAGGAGGUGAUGGACGCUCUCAGAGUGAACAACAACCAGCAGAACGCGGCCUGCGAGUGGCUGCUGGGCGACCGGAAGCCCUCCCCCGAGGAGCUGGACCAGGGCAUCGACCCCAACAGCCCCCUCUUCCAAGCCAUCCUGGAUAAUCCGGUGGUGCAGCUGGGCCUGACCAACCCUAAAACGUUACUAGCCUUUGAGGACAUGCUGGACAACCCUCUGAACAGCACCCAGUGGAUGAAUGACCCGGAGACGGGCCCGGUCAUGCUGCAGAUCUCCAGAACCUUCCAGACCCUGAACCGCACGUAGGCGCUGCCGCCCCUCUGCGCUGCUCCGGCGCCGCCCCGGCCGGUCUUGGAGGAGCGUGGAGACCCCGCGGUGCCGGUGCUUCGGGCGGGGGGGCGGGGGGGCUCGCCGACCCGGGGCGUCCGAGCUCCGGCCCUGGGGGCCCCUCUCCCGCUUUCAUAUCUGCUUAACCGUGUGUGAGACGGCGUGCAGGCCGGCCGCACCUCCCGCCUCCGACCGGGUUUACAGGCGAGGCUGCUCCGGGGUCCCCCCCGCCCCCCGCCCUGCAGGCGCUGCUGUGACUGGCGAGAAGGCAUGUUUCAAUCCAAAGUGUUAAGUCAGUACUAACUUAAGUAGAGGAAAUGGCUGAUGAGUUUUCUUUAAUAAAUAAAUUCCCUUUUUCCUA